AUGGAAACUCUUCUCGAGCCGUCUUCCCUCGCAAAGUCAGAGGCUAGGGCGAUAGGCGGUAUCGUCCAUCUUCACGCCUGUGCCUCCCUGAUGCACCCGGGACGACGGCAACGGCUAAUUUGGCCAGGAAAUGUCUGUAGAUCGGACUCGGACACGAAAGCCAGCGGAUCAUCUUUGCCAGACUCGCUCUCCUCGCUCGCUCGUUGCUAA